UUGCCCAAAACCUCUUUAAUAUUUGAUUUUUUGUAGUCAGAUAUUUAAUUUAUAUCUCUGCACGAAAAGUUAAACAUGAAAAACAAAACCAAAAAGACUAUAAGCCAUCUAAAAACUGGACAUAGAAAAUCAAAUUCCAUUCUCGUCAAUAUACGUUCAAAUUCUUAUUAUGUUGGCAAACGUCCAAAUAAACGUAAAAUUAUAAAAUUUUAUAAAGAUCUUUUAACAUUUGAUGAAGACGAUGAUUCAAGGAUUCACAAGUCUGAAAUUCCCAAGAUGUUUCCAACAAAGAAGAGAGCUCAUCUCGACGACGUUAACGAUUUACGUAAAAAACUUAGACUAACAAAUAAAUAUGAAGACAAAGUAAAUAAUUCUUAUACUCUUAAUUUAAAUCGUAAGAAUAAAACUCCUGACAUGUCAAACGUCGAGAUAUCUACUGAAAACAAAUCAAAUCCAAUUAAUGUGGAAAUACCAUCCGAUAAAGCCAAUCAUAUGAAUCCGUUUGUGUUGCUCAAAAGAAUUCCGCAAGAAAUUAUAGACUCCUAUGCGUUUAAUAAAACAAUUAAUACAAUCGAACUAGAAAAAUUAGUAAAUAACAUCGAACUAUCUAAAAAUGUUGAUGGCAUAAAUAAUUUUGAUACACCAACUGAUAAUCCUACAAAAAAUAAAAAGUUAUCUACGAAUAGCUCUACAAAGAAAGUUUCUAAGAAAAAACGAUAAAAAGAUCUAGAUUCAUCUGAUGAACUCAUCUAAACAUUUACUUUUGAUAAAUCAUGAUCAAGCAA